UUUUGCCGGGCGUCUGCUUGUUUUUCUGCCUAAACGCACACCGAGGCUUCCCCGCUGCAAAUGGCUCGAUGGCUUGGCAAAGAGGAACGUUCGGUUGAUCAUUAUUAGAGGUCACUGGGCCCAACUUUCUCUUGCUUGGAUCACAUUUUUCAUUAUUUCCGCCUUCAAAUCCUGUGUCUGAAAGCCACUGCUCAGGCUUCAGGAGUGUUUGGCCUGCUAAAAAAAAUGAUCGUCCUUACUAUAAGCUUCCAUCCUUUCCAAUGGCAUUGCUGUGGGUCUGGAGGGAGAGAAGAGCAGCCAGGAUUGGAGGAUUCGUCGCCGGUUCUUGGCACCAAAGCUUUGCGAGCGGAUUUUCCGAGGCACGACGGCAGCGCUUGGACCUGCCUCUGAUUGUAUUCCUGGGCCUCCAUUUGGCACCCUUUUAUUGGGGAGCGCUUCUGCCCUAUAUCGCCGGGCGUAGUUAACGUAAUAAAUUAAAACUGCCUUGGCUCAUGUCCCCGGGACUUGAUUGAACCGCGAUCCAGACUGCAGAGGAGGACGCGGCUCUCCGAAACGGCGCAUUUCCGUCCCCGGCACCAGCCAUUUCCCAUCUGUUGGGAAAAUGAGCUCCGGUGACGUUCGCCCUAACUAUUUGAUUAAAACGGCGCAAUCGAGCCAAAUGAGUCCUUCCCCCCUCAAAUGGCUGCACUUUUGUCAUGUUAUGCAAAUCAGGCUGGCUGUCGGAAGACACAAAGCAGCCCAUCCGCAUGGAAGGCAAGGCAUGGCGGGGUGAUAAACUCCCAAAGCGUCUCCUCCCACGAAAGGCUCCCAAAUCAAAGAUUCCCACUAGAAAAACUUCGGCUUUUCUUCUCCCUUAUGGAGAUGUUUAUUUGGGGUUGAUUUCGUUCUUUUCGACCCUCUGCAACCCAUUACUGGUGUUACUAAGCAGGUGUGGAGGGUACGAUGAACCACACCGAGUGACACUAAAGGUCUAUACAACUUCUGCGCAGUCUUUCAACAGAAAUGUAAUACUUAUUAUAAAUACCAUAUUGACUCGAGUCUAAUGCUCGCUAAUGCUAAUGGAGUUUUUCAACAGAAAUGUAAUACUUAUUAUAAAUACCAUAUCGACUCGAGUCUAAUGCUCGCUAACGCUAAUGCAGUCUUUCAAGAGAAAUGUAAUACUUAUUAUAAAUACCAUAUUGACUCGAGUCUAAUGCUCGCUAAAGCUAAUGCAGUCCUUCAACAGAAAUGUAAUACUUAUUAUAAAUACCAUAUUGACUUGAGUCUAAUGCUUGCUAAUGCUAAUGCAGUCCUUCAACAGAAAUGUAAUACUUAUUAUAAAUACCAUAUUGACUCGAGUCUAAUGCUCGCUAAUGCUAAUGCAGUCCUUCAACAGAAAUGUAAUACCUAUUAUAAAUACCAUAUUGACUCGAGUCUAAUGCUCGCUAAUGCUAAUGCAGUCUUUCAACAGAAAUGUAAUACUUAUUAUAAAUACCAUAUCGACUCGAGUCUAAUGCUUGCUAAUGCUAAUGCAGUCUUUCAACAGAAAUGUAAUACUUAUUAUAAAUACCAUAUUGACUCGAGUCUAAUGCUCGCUAAUGCUAAUGCAGUCCUUCAACAGAAAUGUAAUACUUAUUAUAAAUACCAUAUUGACUCGAGUCUAAUGCUCGCUAAUGCUAAUGCAGUCCUUCAACAGAAAUGUAAUACUUAUUAUAAAUACCAUGUUGACUCAAGUCUAAUGCUCGCUAACGCUAAUGCAGUCUUUCAACAGAAAUGUAAUACUUAUUAUAAAUACCAUAUUGACUCGAGUCUAAUGCUCGCUAAUGCUAAUGCAGUCCUUCAACAGAAAUGUAAUACUUAUUAUAAAUACCAUAUUGACUCGAGUCUAAUGCUCGCUAAUGCUAAUGCAGUCCUUCAACAGAAAUGUAAUACUUAUUAUAAAUACCAUAUUGACUCAAGUCUAAUGCUCGCUAACGCUAAUGCAGUCUUUCAACAGAAAUGUAAUACUUAUUAUAAAUACCAUAUCGACUCGAGUCUAAUGCUCGCUAAUGCUAAUGCAGUCUUUCAACAGAAAUGUAAUACUUAUUAUAAAUACCAUAUCGACUCGAGUCUAAUGCUCGCUAACGCGAAUGCAGUCUUUCAACAGAAAUGUAAUACUUAUUAUAAAAUACCAUAUCGACUCGAGUCUAAUGCUCACCUUUUUCGGGAAAAAUGACGUCGCCAAAAUUGGAAUGUGCAUUAGAUUUGCAUAAUAUGGUCACCUUGAUGCCAAAGCCAAAGGGGAAGCUGCGCCUUGAGCUCGUCCUUCGGUAAAGGUCAAGGUUUUCCCCUGAAACUGUCUAGUCGUGACCGACUCUGUGGGUUGGUGCUCGUCUCCAUUUCUAAGCCCAAGAGCUGGCGUUGUCCAUAGACACCUCCAAGGUCAUGUGGCCACUGGCAUGACUGCAUGGAGCACUGUUACCAUUCCGCCGGAGCUGUAUCUAUUGAUCUACUCAAAUUUGCAUGUUUUUUAACUGCUAGGUUGGCAGAAGCUGGGGCUAACAGCGGGAGCUCACCCCACUCCCCGGAUUCGAACCUGCGACCUUUCAGUCCGCAAAUUCAGCAGCUCAGUGCUUUAACAUGCUGCACCACUGGGUUUAGUGUUAUAUACAGUAUAGCUUAGUAUUGAAUAAAAUACAAUGCACUACCUUUGAAAGUUUGUGAUCCCACCAGUUCUUGACUCCUGGCAGGUGGUACUUGUGACA